UAAACCUCCUACUCCUCACCUCGUCUGCUCUUAAUAGUACAACUUCAGCCUUCAGAAUGACUGUAAAUAUAACCAGCUCCAUCGAAACCUCAUCCAAUGGAAUUUGGCAAGGCGAUAAUCCCCUCAACUACGCCUUCCCGCUGCUCAUAGUCCAGACCACCUUGGUCCUCUUCCUCAGCCGACUCCUCUCUUUCCUCCUCAAACCCCUCCGCCAACCCAAAGUCCUCGCAGAAAUCAUCGGCGGGAUUCUUCUCGGUCCAUCGGCUUUGGGGCGAAACGCGGAGUAUUCACACCUGAUUUUCCCCUCAUGGAGCACUCCGAUACUCGAAUCGGUAUCGAGCAUCGGUCUCUUGUUCUUCCUCUUCCUCGUCGGCCUCGAGCUCGACUUGACCUCGAUUCGCCGGAGCGGUAGGCGAGCUUUAGCCAUUGCCGCCGCCGGGAUAUCGGUCCCGUUCAUCUCUGGCAUCGGAGUCGCCUUCGUGCUGAGGAAAGUCGUGCGCGGCGAGGAUAAAGUCGGUUACGUCGCCUUGGUGGUGUUCAUCGGCGUUUCUCUCUCCGUAACCGCAUUCCCUGUCCUCGCGCGCAUUUUAGCAGAACUCAAGCUCCUCACCACGCGAGUCGGAGAGACCGCCAUGGCCGCCGCAGCGUUCAACGACGUCGUUGCGUGGAUUCUCCUCGCUCUCGCCGUUGCCACGGCGGGGAACGGCAGCGACGGACCCCACAAGAGCCCCUUGGUAUCAGUCUGGGUCCUCCUCUCCGGCAUAGCAUUCAUCACUUUCAUGAUGGUCAUGAUCCGACCCGCAAUGAAAUGGGUCGCCCGCCGCUGCUCCUCUGGGGAUGCCGUCGUCGUCGAAAGCUUCAUCUGCUUAACCCUAGCCGGAGUGAUGGUCUCCGGCUUCAUGACGGACCUGAUCGGUAUUCACGCCAUAUUUGGCGCUUUCGUCUUCGGACUAACCAUCCCGAAGGGAAAAUUUUCCGAGAGGUUGAUCUCGAGGAUCGAGGACUUCGUCUCGGGUCUACUUCUCCCGCUCUACUUCGCGUCAAGCGGGUUGAAGACGGACGUGGCUAAGAUAUGCGGGGUGGAGGCGUGGGGGCUCUUGGUGCUGGUGAUUGUGACGGCGUGCGCCGGGAAGAUUUUGGGGACGUUCGCGGUAGCGAUGUCGUUUAGGGUUCCGACGAGAGAGUCGUUUACGCUUGGUGUUUUGAUGAAUACUAAAGGGUUGGUGGAGCUAAUUGUACUCAACAUUGGCAAAGAGAAGAAGGUACUCAACGAUGAGGUAUUUGCAAUAUUGGUCCUCAUGGCACUGUUCACUACCUUCAUGACUACUCCCACAGUCAUGGCCAUCUACAAACCCGCCUGCAACGUCUCCUCCUCCUCCUCCUCCUCCUCCACCACAACUAACGGCCGCUUCAAAUCCGCUGCUCUAAAAACCACCAAAAAUGACGAGUUCCACCUCCUCGCCUGCGUCCACGGCCCCGGAAACGUCCCUGCACUCGUCAACCUCAUCGAGUCAACUCGAUCGACCACCAACGCCCGCCUCAAACUCUACCUCAUGCACCUCGUCGAGCUCACCGAGCGCUCCUCCUCCAUCGUCAUGGUCCAACGGGUCCGCAAAAACGGCUUCCCGUUCAUCAACCAGCACUGCAACCAGGGUGAGUUAUACGACCGAGUCGCCGUAGCAUUCCAAGCUUACACCCAACUCGGCCAAGUCAGCAUCCAACCCGUAACUGCCAUAUCAGCAUUGUCCACAAUGCACGAGGAUAUAUGCCACAUCGCGGCAGAUAAAAGGGUGAAAAUGAUUAUCUUGCCAUUCCACAAAAAGUGGAGGAAAUCGGAUGGUGAUAGUGAGCUGAUGGUGGAGAAUGCGGGCCAUGGGUGGAGGGGUGUCAAUCAAAGGGUACUGAAGGAUUCGCCGUGUUCGGUGGGGGUGCUUGUGGACCGUGGAUUUAGUGGCGGUGGUGGUAGUGACAGUGACAGUGUUAGUAGUAGUAGUGGCAGCGGCAGCGUUAGUAGUAGUGGUAGGGCCCAUAAGACUCCUGGGCGCAUUCCCACCAUGGCGCAAAGGGUGUGUAUUUUGUUUUUUGGCGGGCCCGACGAUCGUGAGGCAUUGGCAUUGGGUCGGAGGAUGGCGGAACAUCCGGCCAUUAAGGUUAGCGUCACGAGGUUCAUUGAGAAAGAAGUAUUGGAGGGCAACGGCGUUACGUUACGGCCAUCACUAAACAAGAGUAGCGAGACAAGUUACAACUUCUCAAUUGCUGCAAUGGACCGCGAAAAGGAGAAGAUGCUAGAUGAUGAAGCCGUGGCGGAGUUCCGAACCAAGUGGGAUGGUGUGGUGGAGUACAUCGAAAAGGCGGCAGGCAACCUUGUCGAAGGUGUAAUGGUGAUCGGACGGAGCGGGGAUCAUGAUCUAAUCGUCCUAGGCAAAGGGCGGUUCCCUUCGACAAUGGUUCCAUCACUGGCCGACUGUGAAGCCGAGCACGCUGAGCUAGGGCCCAUCGGAGACUUGCUGGCCUCUUCGGGCCAGAGCAUAGUGUCUUCCGUGCUCGUGAUCCAACAACAUGACUCAGCCCACACGGAGGAAGCCCCGGUGUCUAAGACGCUCGACAUCGAGGAUGACCCAAUACAAUCCCACGGGCAAUCUGGUUCGGAAAUUCACCAUGAUAUCGUGUGAGAAAUAGUAAUUACCAAAAUCCAGGCCAUGUAACAUCCGUUGUAACUUGAUUUCUUCAAAUCAGACCUCAUAUCCCCAAGGCAAAGGAGUGUGCCCUUUGGUUUCCAAAAGCCUCAGUGUGAACAACACUCCGAUGUGGCACUUGACCAGAUUUAAGUAUGUCGCAGUAUUAGACUAUAUCCAAGGAGACCAUACAUACGACGUUUGAUUAAAAACUUAACAGAGCCAGGAUAGCAAUACUUAUCGAACAUAUAAUCCGACAGAAGGACAAGAUACAUAUAAUACCAUAAGACAAUUACAAUG